AUGACCGCCUACUGCGGCUCAGGAGCAGACCCAGAGGUAACCGCCGGCUGUGGUUCAGGAACAGGUUCAGAAACAGGAACAGGCUCGGACAGGGCCGCCCACUGCGGCUCUGGCACUAGGAAAAUAACUGUUUAUUUAUUCUUUUCAGAGAGUGACUCACAGCUCUCAGUAUGUGGUAAACCAUCACUUAACACCAGGAUAGUUGGAGGAGAGGCAGCUCCUCCAGGCAGCUGGCCCUGGCAGGUCAGUCUGCACACAUCUACUCACUUCUGUGGAGGAUCUCUGAUCAACAACCAGUGGGUGCUGACUGCUGCUCAUUGCGUCUUAGGGUCACCAACUGGUAUAACAGCAUAUCUGGGUCGACAGAGUCAGGAGGGAUCCAACUCACAUGAAGUCAGCCGAACAGUGUCAUUGAUCACUAUUCACCCUGAGUACAAUUAUGGAACUUCAUGGAACAAUGACAUUGCACUACUAAAACUCUCUGAACCAGUAAAUUUCACCAGUUACAUCUCACCAGUCUGCCUAGCUGCCCUGAACAGCACCUUCUACAGCGGGGUUGAAUCCUGGAUCACAGGCUGGGGAAACAUCGGAAGUGGAGGUGUGUAG